AGGGACCUCCAAGGACCAGAGAGUUCUAUAAAUCCACCCUAGAGUCCCACCUGUGCCACUUACUGGGUUAGUAAAACUAUCUUAAGAUGCCCAGCUCCCCUGAACCAGGCAUGUACUCUGUGCAUUCACUUCCUAUGUGUUAUUUCAUUCACAGCAACCCUAGAAAGUCAGUCCUGUGGUCAUCAUCCUCUCUUCACAGGGAGAAGCUCAGCUGGACUGGCACCACCACACAGCCCGUGGCAUCUUCACAGGGAAGCCCUGGGGACCCUCUGCCAGGCCCCACAGGAGGGCAGGACCGGGCAGCGGGUCGACGCAACACAACACACGUGUCUCAUCGUCUUUUCAUAUCGGCCGCGUUGAGGGUGGGGAGUGGUAGGCAGCUUCCAAGAUGGGUGAAAGAAAAGGUGUAAACAAGUACUACCCUCCGGAUUUCAAUCCUGAAAAGCAUGGCUCUCUCAACCGAUACCACAACAGCCACCCCCUGCGGGAGCGGGCUCGGAAGCUGUCACAGGGCAUCCUCAUCAUCAGGUUUGAGAUGCCGUAUAACAUCUGGUGCGACGGCUGUAAGAACCACAUCGGCAUGGGUGUUCGUUACAACGCAGAGAAGAAGAAAGUUGGCAAUUACUACACGACCCCAAUCUACAGGUUCCGGAUGAAAUGCCACCUCUGCGUAAACCACAUCGAGAUGCAGACGGACCCAGCCAACUGCGACUACGUCAUUGUGAGUGGUGCCCAGCGGAAGGAGGAGCGCUGGGACAUGGAGGACAAUGAGCAGGUGCUGACAACAGAGCAUGAGAAGAAGCAGAAGUUGGAGACAGAUGCCAUGUUCCGCCUGGAGCAUGGUGAGGCUGACCGCAGCACACUCAAGAAGGCCCUGCCCACCCUCAGCCACAUCCAGGAGGCCCAGAGCGCCUGGAAGGAUGACUUCGCCCUCAACAGCAUGCUGCGGAGAAGGUUCCGGGCAAAGAAGAAAGCCAUCAAGGAGGAGGAGGAAAGGGACCAGGCGCUGCAGACCAAGGCGAGCCUGGCCAUCCCACUGGUGCCCGAGACAGAGGAAGACCGCAAGCUGGCUGCCCUGCUCAAGUUCCACACCUUGGACUCCUACGAGGACAAACAGAAACUCAAGCGGACAGAGAUCAUCAGCCGCUCCUGGUUCUCCUCUGCCUCUGGAUCUGGAGCCGGCAGUGGCAACAGCAAAGCUGGCAGCGUCCUGAAGAAGCUGGCCCAAAACCGCAGGUCCACCGCCGCCAGCUCCCCCAUCACCGUGGGGGACCUGGGCAUAGUGCGGCGGCAGUCACGGGAAGUCCUGGAGAGCCCCCAAGAUGCAUCUGGGACCCCCAAAUCCAGGGAGCCACAGGUGCCAAAGGGGACUGUCCAGGACAGGCCCACGUUCCCACAAGACUGCUCUCAGGAGACAGCUGAGACCCCCGAGAGCUGCUGUCAGGACAGGCCCCUGCCCCCACAAGGCUCACCCCAGGAGGCAGCUGACACCUCGGAUGCCCCGCACCCUUGCAGCCUCAGCACCUCCCUGGUGGCAGACUACUCCGACUCGGAGAGUGAGUGA